GCUCGCAGCCACUCGCAGCCCCAGCUCAGUCGCAGCCCCUCGGAGUCCGGAGCCGGCCGCCCCUGCGGACCGGACAGUGCGGCAGCGACCGGGACUAAGCCCCAAGCCCGCGAGGAGGGCGCGGCACAGGCGGCGGCGGCGCGGCGGGGAGGAGCCCGGGCCGGAACCAGGGCUGGGCCGGGGGCGGGGACGCCGGGGUCCCAGAGACCCGGAGCGAGCGAGCGAGCGUCGCGGGAGGACUGGGAGGAGGAGCGGAGCCGGAACGAGCCGAGUCGCCCACAAAGUGCGAUGCCCCGGCGGGGCUAAGGCGCGCGGCGGCCGGCGCGGCGCGGAGGGAGGACGCCCGGGAGCUGCGCGGCUCAGAGGGGCCGCCCCGGCUGGCGGCGGCGGGCCCGGGCUGCGACCCGAGCGAGCCCCAUGCCCCGCGCGGGCUGACGGGCCGGAGCCCGCACGGAGCGGCCGGGCGGGACAGGUCCCGCUAGAGCGACAUGAUGGUGGAAUCCGCCUCGGAGACAAUCAGGUCGGCUCCGUCUGGUCAGAACGGCGUGGGCAGCCUUUCCGGGCAGGCUGAUGGCGGCAGCGGCGGGGCUGGGGCUGCAGGCACAGCCGGAAGCGGUGCGGGCAGGGAAGCUGCGGCAGGCGCAGACAGCAACGGCGAGAUGAGUCCUGCGGAGCUGCUGCACUUCCAGCAGCAACAGGCUCUCCAGGUGGCCCGGCAGUUCCUGCUGCAGCAGGCCUCGGGCCUGAGCUCCCCUGGGAACAAUGACAGCAAACAGUCUGCCUCUGCCGUGCAGGUACCUGUGUCGGUGGCCAUGAUGUCGCCACAGAUGCUCACCCCGCAGCAGAUGCAGCAGAUCCUGUCGCCCCCACAGCUGCAGGCCUUGCUCCAGCAGCAACAAGCACUCAUGCUCCAGCAGCUGCAGGAAUAUUACAAGAAGCAGCAAGAGCAGCUCCACUUACAACUCCUCACCCAACAGCAGGCUGGAAAGCAGCAACCCAAAGAGGCACUGGGGAACAAGCAGCUGGCCUUCCAGCAGCAGCUCCUGCAAAUGCAACAGUUGCAGCAGCAGCACCUGCUCAACCUGCAGAGGCAGGGGCUUGUCAGCCUGCAGCCCAACCAGGCCUCGGGGCCCCUCCAGACCCUCCCACAAGCAGCCGUGUGCCCGACGGACCUACCCCAGCUGUGGAAGGGCGAGGGUGCCCCUGGGCAGCCCGCUGAGGACAGCGUCAAGCAGGAGGGGCUGGACCUCACCGGCACGGCUGCCACCACUACCUCGUUCGCUGCUCCCCCCAAGGUCUCACCCCCCCUCUCCCACCACACCCUGCCCAACGGACAGCCCACUGUGCUCACACCUAGGAGAGACAGCUCUCCCAUGAGGAGACCCCCGGCUCCCACCCCCCUCUAUGGACAUGGAGAGUGCAAGUGGCCAGGGUGUGAGAUGUGUGAAGACCUGGGCCAGUUUAUCAAACACCUCAACACGGAGCAUGCCCUGGAUGACCGGAGCACGGCCCAGUGCAGGGUACAGAUGCAGGUGGUCCAGCAGCUGGAGAUCCAGCUUGCCAAGGAGAGCGAGCGGCUGCAGGCCAUGAUGGCCCAUCUGCACAUGCGGCCCUCUGAGCCCAAGCCCUUCAGCCAACCGGUGACCAUCUCAGCAGCCGACUCCUUCCCAGAUGGUCUCGUGCACCCCCCGACCUCGGCCGCUGCCCCUGUCACCCCCCUACGGCCCCCAGGCCUCGGUUCUGCCUCCCUGCAUAGCGGGGGCCCCGCCCGACGGAGGAGCAGUGAUAAGUUCUGCUCCCCCAUCUCCUCAGAGCUGGCCCAGAAUCACGAGUUCUACAAGAAUGCUGAUGUCAGGCCUCCCUUCACCUACGCCUCCCUCAUCCGCCAGGCUAUUCUGGAAACCCCCGACAGGCAGCUGACCCUGAAUGAGAUCUACAACUGGUUCACCAGGAUGUUCGCCUACUUCCGGAGAAACACUGCCACCUGGAAGAACGCCGUGCGUCACAACCUCAGCCUGCACAAGUGCUUUGUCCGCGUGGAGAACGUCAAGGGUGCUGUGUGGACCGUGGAUGAGCGGGAGUAUCAGAAGCGGAGACCACCAAAGAUGACAGGGAGUCCCACCCUGGUGAAGAACAUGAUCUCGGGCCUCAGCUAUGGAGCACUUAACGCCAGCUACCAGGCUGCCCUGGCCGAGAGCAGUUUCCCCCUCCUCAACAGCCCUGGUAUGCUGAACCCCGGCUCCACCAGCAGCCUCCUGCCCCUCAGCCACGACGACAUGGGCGCCCCCGGGGAGCCGAUGCCCAGCAACGGCAGCAGCAGCCCCCCUCGCCUCUCCCCACCACAGUACAGCCACCAGGUGCAGGUGAAAGAGGAGCCGGCCGAGGCAGAGGAGGACCGGCGACCAGGGCCCCCUUCGGGCCCCACCAACCCCAGCGCCGCGGGGCCCCCGGAAGACAGGGACCUGGAGGAGGAGCUGCCGGGAGAGGAGCUGUCCUGAGGGACCCUCGGGGCAGGCAGGGCAGGGGUGAGACCCCUGCCUCCCAGAACCCAGGCCCCAAACACCCCCCACUCCACAGCCCCUCCCAAACCUCAAGGCACUUCCAGGACUCAGGUGGGGGGGCCCCCUGGGCCAGCAGUUCCCAGUGUGGCCUGAGGCCAGAUGCUCCGGGGCAGGGGCCUCAUGCCCCUGAGAAGACACAGGAGCCCUGAUCUGGGACCAGUGGAGGACGCUGAGGGCCCAGCCCCCUCCCCAGACUCCCCCCCCACCCCCGCAUCUGGGCACACCUUCCCCCCCACCAGCAGCAGCCGGGCUCCUCCUCUCUCCAGCUCUCCCCUGUCCUGCCCCUCAGCGCCCUGGAGACCCGCAGGCGGGGCUAAGUCACCCCCCCCAAACCCAGGGCCCCUUGCUCCGGGAUCUGGCAGUGUUUUCUGGCUAGAGGCCCCUACUCUCCUGAUUCGUGUUCCCUUCCGCCUUUUCCGAACUGUGAAGAAAUACAGCCCCACCCGCCAACUCCUAUCCCUGCCCUGGCCUAGGUGGGGUAACUAGAUGGAGUUUUGAAUCAUCCCCAGAAGAAACCAGCCACCUCAGCUGUGCGCAUCCACCAGCCGCAGUUGGGGUGGGCACUAGGCGUGUGGCCCGUGGGGGUCCGCGGGUGCAGAGCCGCCUGGCCCCACUGCCCAGCCUCCCCCGGCGCCAUGAGCCGGGACCGGGCUGAACCGGGCUUCCACCCCUGCCUGCUGGGUGCUCCGCUGCCGCCCCCACGUGCGGGAGCACAGGGAGGGGCCCACUGCCCCCGGGGUCUGUGCCAAGUGGACUUCUGGAGGUGGAGCCCCUGAAGCAAGGGAGCCACCCCUGAGCUGGAGCUGGGGCCAGGACCCCAGCCUAUAAGGCAGGUAACCCCUGCCCUCGGCCUGUGGGUCCCCCCCUUCCCCGUUGCAGUCCUUCUCUCACCCUCCCUCAGCACUCCUUCCCUGCGCCCCCAGUUAAACGGAUGACCAAAGACCUUUCUUAUGCCGGAAGCAAAAACCAAAA